AUGGACAGUAAUAUGGGGGUAAUAACCAAUGAUUCGUUCCUCAAGGGUGUUCCGGUACGCUCCAUGUUCAAGGAGCGCCUGGUGCUGGCCCUUCAUGAGCGAUUCGGACUUUUCAAGGUCGACGAGCUCAUCUGGAAAAACAACAGCAAGGCCCCAGGACCGAUCGCAUGGGCCAGCAAGGAGCGCUUUCUGCUCAACACGGGUUACGAGCCUAUCCUCAUCUUCACGAACGACCCGACGCGGAUGUUCACCAGCAAUCAGAGGGUGCUGCAGCCACACAGUGAAAGACACCUCAAGCUGAUCGCCAAGGGCGGUGAGCAGCGCACCGCCAGUUACGGCGAUGGCGCCAACCGCCUCAAGCCGGGUGCAUUCGCGAAUCCGACGGCAGGCAAGAUCCCGAAAAACGUGCUGUCCUAUGGCCAUAAGUGCCCCAGCCAGGUCGGGCUGCGCAAGUUCGUUGCUGCCGAAGGUCUGCCUGCGCACGGUGCCACCUUCCCUUUGGCGCUGGCCAAGUUCCUUGUGCAAUAUCUCACCGAGCCAGAGCAGCUGGUUGCCGAUCCAUUUUCUGGUUGGUUCACUGCGCCGCUGGCGGCCGAGAUGACCGGACGCAGGUGGGUAGGUUCGGAGCGGAUGCUGCAAUACAUCGAAGGUGCGCGCUAUCGCUUCAAAGACUGUGCUGGUUUUGACCCUGGGCACCGAAGUGCGACUUGA